AUGGCUACUAACAUUACCUGGCAUCCAAAUUUGAGUUACGACGAACGUAAAACUCUAAGAAAACAACAUGGUUGUACUAUCUGGCUUACAGGUUUAAGUGCAUCAGGUAAGAGUACUGUAGCAUGUGCUCUAGAACAAUUGCUUUUACAAAAAAAAUUGGCUGCUUACAGAUUAGACGGUGAUAACAUCAGAUUUGGUUUGAAUAAAGAUUUAGGUUUCUCAGAGGCUGACAGAAAUGAAAACAUUAGAAGGAUCAGUGAAGUCUCUAAACUAUUUGCUGAUUCUUGUACAAUUUCUAUUACAUCCUUUAUCUCUCCUUACAGAGUCGACAGAGAUAAAGCUAGAGAACUUCAUAAAGAAGCUGGUUUAAAAUUCGUUGAAGUAUUUGUUGAUGUUCCAAUUGAAAUAGCAGAACAAAGAGACCCUAAGGGUUUAUAUAAAAAGGCUAGAGAAGGUAUUAUCAAGGACUUUACUGGUAUUUCUGCUCCUUAUGAAGCUCCAGAAUCUCCAGAAGUACAUUUAAGAACUGACUUGAAGAGCAUCGAAGAAUGUGCUAACAUUAUUUACGAAUAUUUGGUCAGAGAAAAAGUUAUAUAA